GCGAAACAAGGAAGGCGUUUUCUAUGGUUUUCAAGUAACAGAAACCUUUGAGAAACCCGAAAUGACGACGGCGGUUCCGAGAAAUCUCUAGCCUACAUUCACAACUGUAGACAUCUCCUUGGCUUGCCAAAUUCCUGUAAGGUUUAUGCAACAAGAUUUAACUUCUUCCAAGUGGAUAGAGCAGCCUGCUUGUGUUGUCGUUUUCAGGAGAAGUCUUGCGAAUGCUCAACAACGUGCAAUAAUAAGGUUGAUGAUAAAACCACUGGUUCAUGUGCCAUGGAUUUGGAGCGACAGAGGCGCCAAGAGGAUAUUCAGAGGGCACUGGCCUUUAUACAGUCCUCUUUGCCUUUUCCAGAGCCUGAAAGCUACGAGGUGUUCCUGACACAGCUAGUGUGCAACCUCCUGAACGAGGGCAAUGCCACCUUUCGGGAGGGCAACUGGAAGAAGGCAGUGGGGCAUUAUAGUGAGGGCAUUAGCGUGGCGAACUAUGCCAAGGAGGAGGAUGCCCUCUCCAUCCCCACUGCCCUACUGGAGAGCCUCUACGUGAACAGGGCAGCUGCCAAGUAUAGUAUGCACGAGUAUGAGCUGGGACUGCAGGACUGCGAGCGUGUGUUGGCUGUUGAGAAGGACAGCCCGAGAGCACUCUACAGGAAGGCUCUGUGCCUGAGAGAGCUCGGCCGUGUCAGGGAGGCGUACGACUGCAGCACGGAGUGCCUUCUAUCCUCCCCCCAGGACACACGGGUGAAUGAGCUAGCACAGGAGCUGGCCUGCAAACUGGGCUUGAAGAUACGAAAGGCCUACACCAGCUCUCUGGAUGAUUUGACUCCAACAGAAGGGAGUAAUGGACAUUCGGCCCCAGCUACUGAAGAAGAGGGGACAUCAAAUGGUCUUGAUUUCUUGAGUGACAUUUCAUCAGACCACUUGUCCUUGAGCAUUCCGAUCCCAGUCAGCGAGGAAUCCUCCCCUCCGCCCGUGUGCGCCGCCAAGACCGCCAUGUUCCCAGACGGCGCGGCUCUCAGCCCAGAGUGUGUCCCUCUGUCAGUCCCCAUCUCCGAGGACAUGGGGAGCUGUGAGGUUUUGGGGGACGAGCUGGAUAGCCUGCUGGACGCAUGUGCGUCCACGGUGGACAAUCCCAACCUGCGGACUGUACCAAGUCACCUGCCUGUUAAACCUUCCGUGGGUCUGCCGCCUCCCUUUCCCGCCCCCACAUCCACUCCCUCACCCCUGCUGCCUUCUGGCCUCUUCGGUUCGGGCCUCAGCCAGCUCAACUCUCUGGACGCCUUCACGGGGCUCUGCCCGGCUCCGGCAGCCUCAUCCGGAGGCCUGGACGCCCUCGAUGCCCUGGACGCCCUGGAUUCCCUGGAUGGCCUAGAUGCCCUGGACGCCUUCUCUCCCCUAGGGGCUCCCUCACACGCUCCCUUGGGGCCAGCGCUGGUGGUGGGCGGAGGGGGGCUGGACUCUCUGUCUGAGUUCUCCCUGCCUGGCAGCAAAGGGUCGCAUAGUUUUCUGUCAUCAUUACGGACACCAAACCCUCCAAACAAAUAUAAUGGUCAGAUGAUUUCUAAGCUCUCUCUGCUUUCACGGAACCCUCUAGAAGCCACACAUGAGUUUCUUCAGGCCUGCCCUGUCUGUUAUGUGAAGACCGGCCCAGGAGUGUCGGACUAUCAGCACCUGCUGGAUCAGGCCCAUGACUGUAACCGGAACACCUUGCUCUGCCGGAGGAAGACUCAGGAGGAUCCCUCCUGGAGAAGGGUCCGUCCCCGGCCAGCACACAACAACUUCAUGGGACCCUUCGUGCUUUGCAAAGAGGUGCUCGAGCGGCAGGAGUGUAAGUACGGGGAGAACUGCACGUUUGCGUACCACCAGGAGGAGAUAGACGUGUGGACGCAGGAGCGGAUGGGCACCCUGAUCCGAGAGCUGCUCUUCGACCCGCUGGGCUCCUCUGGUGGCCAGGCGCUCAGCAUCGCCCAGAUGCUGCAGAUCCACGCCGGCAUGUUCAUGUUCCUCUGUGAGGAAUGUUUUGAUAGUAAGCCCCGGAUCAUCAGUAAACGCUGCAAAGAUAACAGGACUGCCUGCUCCAAUCUGACCGCCCACCAUGUGUUUGACCACAACAAAUGUUUAGUGCACGUGGAGAAAGCCAAUGGCAGGGUGCGCUACACAAAGAUCCGCCCGCUGCGGCCCCCAUGCCAGUUUGACGUGUGUCGCUACGAGGCGCGCUGUGGCUGCCAGCGCGAGGACAGCUGCCCUUUCGCCCACUCGGUCAUCGAGCUCAAGUGCUGGGUGCUGCAGCACAGCUCUGGCACCACCCAUGAAGAAAUCGUGCAGGAGUGCAAGAGACACUGGCACAAGCAGGAGCUGAUCCUGAAGAGACAGAAGCCUGCGUACAUUCCAGCCAAGCCCGUAGCUCCUGCCAACAGCCCUCCACCGGCGGCGGGACGUGCUGGCGCGUCCAGAGGGCGGAGCUUGAACAUGAAGAUGAAGUUUGUGUGCAGUCCGUGCUGGAGGGACGGCGUGGUCAACGAGCCGGACAAGGCGUUCAAGUACUGUCUGGGCAAAGCCCGCCACAGCUGGAUAAAGGAACAUCGGGUGCUGCUGGUGAAUGCCUUUGAGAAGUGGGUGAUGGUCAGAGCACCACCCUUUUCUAAGCAACACCUUCAGAAGUAUGAUAUCUGUGCCCAUGUGGUGAAGCAGAGGAAGUGCACCUACCCAGGGAACUGCUCCUUCGCUCACAGCCAGGAGGAGAGGGACGUGUGGACCUACAUGAAGAACGAAGGCCUGCAGGACAUGCAGCAGCUGUAUGACAUGUGGGUGACCACGUCCAGUCAGAGUCACCAUCCAAACAACACCCCCCCGCACCAACGAACCGAUGACAAGCAUAUCGCCAUGCCAACAGAUUAUGCCGAGCUAAUGAGCGGCUUCCACUGUCGCUUCUGUGGGAAGCACAGCAACAGCGAGCGGCAGUGGCAGCAGCACAUCUCCACGGAGAAGCACAAGGACCGCCUGUUCAAAGAGGACGAGGAGAACCUGGACUGGAUGUACCGCUUCCCUGGCCUCCACCUCUCCCUCUGCCCCAGGUUGGGCGGCGUGUGUCCAGACGGCCAUGCCUGUGAUUUUGCCCACAGCGAGGAGGAGCUUCAGGAGUGGCAUGAGCGGCGGGCCUUCUUGCGGCGGAAGCUGGACAAAGCCCGGGCCGAUAUGCUGAUCGCCCCCACUGACUUCAACUUCGGGAGGUACAACUUCCUCUUAAGGGACUGAGCCAUCCUCCAGGAUUCACGUUCAUUAAUUGCAUAUGCACAUUAUGCACAAACACACACACGUGUAUAUGCAGACUGCCAUCAAAAUUGUUUUUCAGUGAAGUGCAAGUUAAUAACUAGUCUACUGCCCUCUGACUUGGAUCAUUGAUCAAUGAAAUCUAAAUAUAGAACAAAAUUGCACCCCCAAGACAUUUCUAAAAUGAAUUCUACGUGGGAUAAAUAAUCAGAAUAUAGAUCAUUUCUAACACCGCUACCAAUUAGAGAAAGUGUUUUUCCUUCCCCUGAACUCUGAAUUGCCCAUUAAAGGGGGAACAUCUUGUACAUUUAAGCCAUUAGUUAUAAGUUGACUCAUCAGUAUUAUUUACCUUUUCAGGCCUAUCCCAAAAUAUGUAUCAUAUUGAUAUUCUUGAUAAUCAGAGAUUUAGGUGUGUGUGUGUGUGUGUGUGUGUGUGUGUGUGUGUGUGUGUGUGUGUGUGUGUUGCAGAUAAAGGUGGAUAAUCAUGAUUCAAAUGUGUCCAAAUCUAGUUCUGCACUUUGAAGACCAAGGUCUUGUAAGGUUCAGAGUGUCAUAUGCGCUGCCUUCUGCGAGCAAAGUCAGUGUGCAUUUCUCUGUCUUUGUAUGCAGUGAAAACCUUACAAAGGUUUGUAGAUCAUAUAUCUUCCGUGGCCUUUGAUGUUGGCUGGUGUCAUAAUGUUUGUAGCAGUUUUCGUGUGCCACCAAAUCAUUGCCUUGUGAAUCAAAAGUGUACCAUCAGACAGCCUGAACUGGAUAUCUUAAUUUCUUUAAUGCUGAUGUGAUCUUACAAGACAGUCUCUUGAUAUGUCUGAGGGAGGGUUGAGAAUGUUGAGGAUGAAGUUUGUACAACGCACCUCAACUGCCAUUUAGCUUCACAAUGCUGUGUGCUCUGCUUACACAGGGUACACGUCACAUUUCUUUGGAGUUGCAUAGAGGGAAGGCUAGGCCUGUCAUAGCAUUAUGUUGCCAAGGGUGAAAUUGGCUGAUUGUAAUACAGAGUUUAUACUGACUAUAAUGCUACUGAAGGGAUACAUUGAAUUACAUUGGAAAUUAAGUGAUUUGUAAUUGCACAAAGAAAGUAUUUUUGUAUUGUCCCGACAGCUUGAAGGAGUCAAACCACAGAGAAAGCAUUCAAACAAAAGUAGUAUUUUUGGAGAACAUAGUGAAUGUAACUGUAACUGUUUUGUAAACCACAUAAGUAGAACUAAGUCAGCGGAAUUAUACAGGUCUUGGCCACUUCUGUUGAUGUUCCAACAGACAAUAGAUAGAUAGAAGAAGGGAUAGUACAGCGUUGUUUCACUUUAAUGCUGUGAACAAGGAGUGGUUGUGCUCAUGGCCAACAGGAGAAUGUAAUGGCUUUGUGGUGGCACAGUCCCAUGCUUUGGUUUUAGGCAUUCCUGACAUUGUUGCUACAGUCAAUGAAUGGUGGUGGUAUUGACCCAGUAAUAGAGAUAAAGUCACAACAGUUAGAUUUGGAGAGAAAAUAAUUAAAGCAGUACAACUGAUCAGUGGGAACCAGAUAAUUGUUUUCUGUUACGAUUCACUGGUACUUUGUUGGAUAAGAAUUUGGACAAAAAAGGUUAAUUCAACAGAGCCAUAUGAGCCAUAUUUUAAUCUGCCUACUUAAGUCAUUUUCGCUGGCUCCUUAUAAUUAUUCUGUCUGCUAGUACCAUGGGGACCACUUCUUUAUAAAAACACAAAUCUCGAGGCAACUUGUUGAAAUUACAUUGCACUCUGAAUCAACACUGUGACAUCCAGCUCCUCUUUCAAAAGUUGUUGGAUUAGAUCAGGCAUUCUGAACUCUGUUGACGCUGGGUCCCGUGCAAAUUCAAGCCACCGUUUGCUCCAAACCUAGUAUUUAAUAAACUUUUCACAUCCAAGAAUAAUUGGUUGUUGAAUGAAAGAAAGGAGCAUGAAAAACACUGCAAGGAGGUCAAGAAUAGUGAAAACUGCAAGUUGUGUGUUUCUCACAAGUGAUCAAAAAAGGCUUGUUGAUUUUCUUUUAUUUUUUUGGAGAUAGUGUGAAUGAGAAUACACUAAUUCUGCUAUGUUUUUUUAAACAGAAGUACCGGAAAAAUGGUAAAAAUGGAUUUAUCUUGAACAACCGCAUAAUAUGUUUGUUUACAAUGUCUGUAUUUAGACAGUCUCACUGAAAUGUUACAUUUGUGAACAUACAAUCAGAAGAUAUACUUUCUUUGUAUUGUACAAUAAUGUAACAUCUAUAUUAGGUUGUAGAAUGUUUAUAGAAUAGUUAUAUGAAUGAUUCAGAAUUUAAAACAAUCUUUCUUUGUUGCCAGUAUAAUCUGCGCCAUUUAUGUUUUAUGGUAUUUGGUUCCUUGGCUUAAUGAGGGACUUAUUUUCUUAUGUCUCUGUGCCUUAAAGUUGUUACACCUUUAUACUGUUGGUAGUUAAAAACUGUUAGUGGUUAUAUUGUUCAGUGCCACAACCCAGUCACUCCUGACUUGAUCAUGAGAAGAGAUUUUCCUUUUGUGUGCCAAAGUAUCAGCAUUCAAGGCUCUACUGAAAGCCAGGCCUAGAUGCAUUAGAAAUACUGGAGUUGACACACAUUUCGGCACAAAGCAUCAAUAAUCAAUUUUUUCUUUUCUUAUUUCACUUGCUAGUAUUUUUUUUUUUUAUGUCACUCUAUUAAAUGAAGAAAGGAUGUUUGUUUUGGUUGUUGGUCUGAACAACAAGCAUUACUAACUAUAUAUAUUGUUCAAAUGACCUCCUACACUUUUAAUGUAAAUUGCCAUUAGGCUUACAAACAGAUCUGGCAACUUUUGUUACCCCACGUCCAUUCUACAAUUGGUAGAUACAUUAUAGUAUUUUUCACCUGGCCUCAGGUAUCUGGGUGAGGCCAGAGCAUAGACCUUUUACAUGUGAUAUUGAUGAGCCCCCCCCCCCCCCAAAAGAAAAAACUGAACUCCAGGGCAUAAUUAAGUUGAGCUUUUAAACCGUUCUGAAACGGAUCUUCACAAUGGUGUUUAAACAAAUAAUAACUGCUUUACUGUUUAUACAAGAUUUUAUUCUUAUUUCACUACUUGGGAUAAUAAAGUAUAGCAAUCAAAAGCCUAUGUAAUUUAUGUUCUAUGAAUUUCAUAGUGUGAAAAUGGGUCUCACUGUGCACAUAUGAAUUGAAUGUGAAAAGACCCAGACAGAGAACUGUUUUUAGUUCUUGAGGAUUUUGACAUUAUCAUGUGAGCAAUGGACCAAAGCAUACCAAUAAAGAUGUUAAGGGAU